AUAUUACUGAAUCUGAAGAUUCUACUAUAAAUGGUACUAUAGUAGAAGAUACUGAAAUGAAAAGUCCUGAAUUAGAAGGUCUCAGAUUAGAAGAUCCCAAAUUAGGAGUUUCUGAAUUAGAAGGUCUCGAAUUAGAAAGCAUGAAAAGUCCUGAAUUAAAAGGCAUGCAGGGUCCCAAAUUAGAAAGCAUAGAAGGUUCUGAAUUUGGUAAUCCUGAAUUAAGUUCCGAAUUUGA